GUUGGAAACACUUGUACACAAGCAAACCAAAACCAACAAGGAAGAGGAAGAAGAAGAAGAAGAAGCAAGCAAGCAACUGUGAAAAAGGGAAACAUGAAUCUGUUUAGGUUGGCAGGAGACAUGACCCACCUCCUGAGCAUACUGGUUCUGUUCCUUAAGAUUCACACCACCAAAUCUUGUGCAGGGAUUUCCCUCAAAACUCAAGAACUGUAUGUGUUGGUGUUUCUCACCCGGUACAUGGACUUGAUUGUGAAGUAUUACUCUUUGUAUAACACAUUAACCAAGCUCAUCUUCAUCGGAACUUCUUUCGCCACGGCCUGGUACAUGAGGUACCAUAAAGUAGUGAAGCAAACAUACAACAAGGAUCAAGAUACUUUCAGACACUACUAUCUGAUCCUUGUUUGCUUUGUGUUGGCUCUUCUGAUUCCCCAUGAUUUUACUGUAAUUCAAGUCUUGUGGACAUUUUCAAUAUACCUUGAAGCUGUUGCAAUCUUACCGCAAUUGGUACUACUUCAACGUUCAAGAAACAUUGACAACCUAACUGGAAACUACGUUUUUCUUCUUGGUACUUAUCGAGCCCUAUAUCUUCUCAACUGGAUCUAUCGUUUCUUCACAGAGUUGCACAGAGUUCGCUGGAUACCUUGGAUCUCAGGCCUAGUUCAGACUGCUCUUUAUGCCGACUUUUUCUACUAUUAUAUCAAGAGCUGGAAGAAGGAUGAAGAGCUUAAGCUUCCUGCUUGAAAUGUAUCAUUGUGAAUUUGUAAUUUUACUGACAGAAGAGUAAUGCAUACCACUAUUGCAGAGUGUUAGAAAAUCUUCUUCUUCUUCCAUUUAUCCUUGUCAUGAGCUUCUGUCUUCUGGUCGGCAUGCAUAGGAUAAUGAUAGUAAUAUGAAUCAUGAUGACAGUACUUACCGGUCCUGGAAAUGGUGAAGCAGUCCUACAGCAUUUCUGGAUUCUGGAUAGAUAAUAGGAAACUCUUUUCAGGACUGUCAUAGUAUAGCUUUCAAAAUCAGCCUAGGGAGAUAUUGGUGUUGUUAAGAUCUAACUAUCAUGGUUAAUUGGUUUCCUUUAUAAGACUUCUUUGUCUUUUUUAUCUCA